AUGGAGGAAGCCCACGCGCAGGUAUUCUUCUAUCAGAAGAGUAGGGAAAGAAGCAACGCCACCAUCCGGAUUCCUGAGGUCUACCACGCUUUUAAGGUGGGCGGGGGCAGGAACGGGGGCAGGGGAUAUACAUACGUAGUCAUGGAGCAUAUUGAAAUCGACUUCGAGAGAACUGCGUCGGAUGAACAGAUGGCACAAGCCAUUUCCGAGUUGAUCAGUAUCCCACCGCCACCUGAUGUUUUGGGAGCUUUAAGGGCGGCACCUACAGGCAUCAUUUCUUCCGAGACAGCGAGCCUCCUAUUCCGUUUUCGUCCGCCGCAGAACUUGAAGAUUAUCUCAAUAGAGUAG